GGGCGGUGGAAUAAGGUGAUUUUUGUUGUGAGGGGGUUGUAUAGCUUUCUAGAUCGGGGGUAUCUGUUGUUGUUGGGUGGUGGGGAGGGGGCCAAGGGGAAGCAGGGGAUUAAUGAGAUGGGGCUUUCGCUGUUCCGGAAGGCCGUGUUUGGCGGCUCGUCGUCCAAGGGGCAGACGGCCUCGCCGUACGGCAGGGCGGUGUUAGAGGGGGUGUGUCGGCUGGUGGACUAUUCGCGGUAUGGAGAUGAGCGGGCCGAUGAUGAGCUUUUGAGGCAGGCGAUCAAGAUGCUGCGGCUUUGUGGCGUCUACGGCAAGUCGUUUGAGCCCAUGUUUUUGGUCAUGUCGCAUCGCUACUACGAGCAGUUCGCCAGCGAUGUGAGCGCCUCGUACGGCCUGAAGGAUUACAUCGGCGCGGUUGCGGCGGUGCUGGAACGGGAGGGCGCGAGGUGCGAUGGUUUCAACUUCGAGAGCACCACCAAGCGGCAGCUGCUAGGCGAUGCCCACCACGUUUUGAUCGAGAAAUACGCCGAAAAGCUACUCGACACUGGCAGCGUGGCGAAGCUGCUGGACGCCCAGGAUGUCGAAUCCAUGAAGGCGCUCUACGAGCUGCUGAAGCUGUCUGGCCUGCAGAAACGGCUCAAGGGCCCCUGGGAGCUCUACAUCCGGGAAACGGGCUCUGCCAUCGUCAGCGAUACCACCCGCGGAGACGAAAUGGUCAUCCGCCUGCUGGAGCUGAGGCGGUCCCUGGACACCAUGAUCCGGGAUGCCUUCUCCAAAGACGACGUCUUCUACUACGGCCUGAGGGAGUCGUUCGGCAACUUCAUCAACAGCAGGAAGAAUACCUCGGUGUGGGGCACAGGCACGUCCAAGGUCGGCGAGAUGAUUGCCAAGUACAUCGACAUGCUCCUGCGCGGGGGUCUUAAGACGCUCCCCAAGUCGCUCUUAUCGGACAACAAGGACAGGGCGGAUGCCGAGAUGAGCGGCGUGGCAAGCGCCGGUGACGAAGACGCCGAGCUGGACCGGCAGUUGGACUACGGCCUUGAGCUGUUCCGCUUCAUCGAAGGCAAGGACGUCUUCGAAGCCUUUUACAAGAAAGAUCUCGCGCGCCGCUUGCUCCUUGGUCGCAGCGCAAGCCAGGACGCCGAGCGGAGUAUGCUCGCAAAGCUCAAGGUCGAAUGCGGGUCUAGCUUCACCCACAACCUAGAACAGAUGUUCAAAGACCAGGCGUUGGCCAAAGAAGAGAUGGCAUCCUAUAAGCAGUGGUUUAGCGGCACGGGGCGGAGCGAUGGCGGCGUCGACCUGACAGUCAACAUCCUCUCGGCCGCGGCGUGGCCAACCUUCCCCGAGGUGAAGAUUCACCUCCCCAAGGAGGUGCUCGAGCAGAUCAACACCUUCGACGGGUACUACAAAUCCAAGCACACCGGCAGGCGGCUGACGUGGAUGCACAACAUGGCGCACUGCGUCGUCGGAGCCCGGUUCAACCGCGGCUCCAAGGACCUCCUCGUCAGCGCGCCCCAGGCCGCCGUCCUCAUGCUCUUCAACGAGGUCGAGGACGACGACCCCAAGAGAAAAGCCGCCGGCGUGCUCGCGUACGAGCAAAUCUCCCAGUCCACCGGCCUCCAGGGCGGCGAGCUCGACCGCACCCUGCAGUCCCUGGCCUGCGGCCGGGUCCGCGUGCUGACCAAGCACCCCAAGGGCCGCGAGGUGGCCCCCACCGACACCUUCACGGUCAACAAGGCCUUCACGGACCCCAAGUUCCGCAUCAAGAUCAACCAGAUCCAGAUGAAGGAGACCAAGGAGGAGAACCGCGCGACCCACCAGCGCGUCGCCGCCGACCGCCAGUUCGAGACCCAGGCCGCCAUCGUCCGCAUCAUGAAGAGCCGGAAGAAGAUGACGCAUUCUCAGCUGGUCGCUGAGGUCAUCGACCAGACUAAGAGCAGGGGGUCGGUGGAUCCCGCGGAUAUCAAGGCGAAUAUUGAGAAGCUCAUCGAGAAGGACUACCUGGAGCGCGAGGACGGAUCGUAUACGUACUUGGCGUAGGCAACCUCUUGAGGCUGUGCUUGUGUGCUGUCGUUUGGGGUGGUGUGGAUACGGGAGAGCGGGUGAUGGGAAGGUGUGGUGUGCUUUGCGCCCUGUAUUCAUUGGAGGAUGUCUGUCUCGUUAAGGUAGGCGAGACUCAAUGGAACAUUAGAGUGGGAGCUAGGUUCGGGUAUUCCGUAGAUAGAUCCUCGCAGCAACUCAGGUGUGGCUAUCUCAUGCACGGUCUCUACAAGUUUCGUUGAGGAGGCUGUUGUUGAUUC